CUGAGAAGGCCUUACACAUACCGCAUAAAAAAAUCGCACAAAAACAAGUUUUCCUGUAUUAUAUACAAUCCAAUUAUGUGCAUUGUUUGUAAACAAAAGUGCACAAACGUAUUAACAUGAAUUCCUGUUAAUUAGUAGCGGUUUAGAAUGGCCCCACAACACGUUCACAUGCUGUUGAAUCAGUUGCCACAAUAUUUCGAUCCUUGGUUAACAAUCGAACGAAUCGAUUCAAUAUGUGCUGGGGAGGAACAAACCACAGUAACGGGACAGACUGGUAACAGUAGUGAUAGCGACUGCAGUGAAACUGAAAAUGGUCAGCGCAAUCCGUGUGGUGCCCUAGACCUUCGGGAUUGCCACAUGAUACGAAAAGCCAGCGAGGAUCGUAAUCUUCUGGAGCUGCUGAAUGACAUCUGCAUGGAGGCGAGGAAAACGCGCCAACAAACGGGAGUAUUCGAUCAGUAUGAUAACUGGCAGUAUCUUUCCAAGAAGAUCAACGUUGAACAGUUCCUAGCAUUCAUUUAUGGUUUGGUGUGUUUGGCUGAGUACGAUCCGACGGAUAAUACGGGCAGACGAUUAGCGACGGCGGCUGUAAAAACUUAUAUUGUGCUCUUGGGCACUCCUGGACAGAAACAAACAACGGUGUUUGAUGAACAGGUGCUUCUGAAAUGCUUGGAUAUUUUCAUAUUAGCAGAACUUCUUUUGGAUCCCAUCUUUGAAGAAAACUUGCGACAAGAGAGAUCAGGUUUCAUCGAUCGCUUGCUGCUGGAAUACGUCCAAAUUAUUGAUGAUCUCUUGCUGCUCCUAAAAUGCAUGACACUCAAGAGCUGUGAAACCAUUAAGCUCGGCCUGAUCGUGGCCCUAAAAUCGGUCCUGAAUUAUAGCAUAAAACAUUCGAAAAAUCGCCACGUGGCCGAAAAUGUUGCCGAGAAAGUAUUCGAAAUGUUCGAAGCAAUUUGCCUGCCGGAACAUGAUGACCACAACGAGUGCUCCAAGACGAUUCAAAUGAUACUGAAUAAAACAGCAAUUUUCUACAAGCUGGAAUACAAAAAUUAUCCGGCAUGCUUUCAGAUAUACAACUUUUUUUUGAAAAUGCUGAGCCAAUAUCCGAAAGAUACGCCCUCGGUGUUAACCAUUUUCAUCAAAUCAGUACUCACCAACCCGCCGAAGGUGUUCACCCGCCAAGAAGAUUAUGCAUAUCUCAGUGACGUUGCGGUUAAAUAUGAAACGGCCAUGUACAGCAAGUGUAACGUAUCGAUCGUCGGAUACCUCAAACAAAUCGAAGGACAUGUUGAGUCCUCUACACGUGCGAACAUUGUUGAAUUCCUGGGAAAACUAGCUGUCAUCGAUUGCACAGUCGAUUGGGAACUGUUUAAGACGGAAAUUUCGGAGAUACCACGGGAAAUACAGUUGAUUGAGGUACUGUACAACAAACUCAUCGAGAAAAAUUCUACGGUAAAGCUACGAGCAUUUCAUUGUCUGCUGAAAAUUCUCCAGAACGGCAACAAAAUCAUGAAACUAAUUAUUAGGGACGCGUUUCACUGUGCCACUGCAGAUCAAGAUGAGAAGAGUUAUCUGCAAAUGUGUGACAUGGAAGAACUGUAUCAAACAGCCGAAAUAGAACUGGGAAUUUCUAGGAAUGCACUGAAUUUUAAUUUAAGUUGUACUCGCUCAAGUAAUGCUGUAGUAGAUACCGGCAAACCAUCUGACCAGCCGUCGCGUCCCACCAAGAUUACCUCCGAGAUAAAAGGGAUCGAAACGAUAGAAGUUAAAUUGCACGCAUUAAUCGAUGUAAUCUACGAAGCAACCCUCUCGCCAACGUCUUCCAUUCGCCGCAUAGCUCUUUCAUGCCUGGAAUGCAUCAUAGAGUUGAACCGAAAUCGAAUCGAUGAGCCGGUGUUUGAAUAUAUUGUUCUGAAACUAGCGAAGGAUCCCGUGAUGCUGAUGAGACGCACCACUUUGAACGUUUUGAACCACCUGCUCCAGCGUUACCCAAGCUAUCUGCCGCUGAUUAAGAUUUGGUCAAAGUGUUUGCUACUUUUUCUAGACGACAGCGAUCAGAAGCUCAAGGAAUCGGCACUGGAAAGCAUGAAGUGUAACGUAUUCGAUAACAUUUGUCGCUUCGAGGACUCUUCCACGGGUAGAAUAUUUACGCCCUGGAUGAUAGUCCGUUCGAUAUUGGUGCUGGGAAAAAUCAACGUUUUGAAGGCAGCGGUUGACUCGUGGAUACAGAAAUCGAUACUUACGCAGAAAAAUCUUAUGAUAAUAGAAUCACACAUUUUCACAGUCAACUGCAGUGAAGCUUGGAUCAUAUUAUCCAUUAUUGCAGGCAAGAUGAAAUCGAAAAAUCCGGAUGUGGUGAUCAAAACAAUGAAUGAAAUUUUGCAAGCGGAUGUGUACAACUCUCCAGUUUGCCUGCAAUACAUCCUAUGCGUGAUCAAAGCUUGGCUCGAGGACUUUACCCGGGCGGGGCUCAACCAUCUGUUCAGAAUACUAAGUGACCUGCUGAGAACUGGAAGUACCACAAUAUCUCUUGUAAGCGAUGUGUACAGUCUGUGCUGCGCCAUCAAGGAGAAGUCUGAUGGAAUCGUGGGAGAUGACUGGGUUCGUGGUAUACGCGACACCACUGCGGAGUACCUGCUGCAUUAUCACUCCCACUACAGUAGCGUGCACAUGUCGAACGAACGUUACCUGAUUAGCUUGUUGCUUUAUGCUGAAACCUGUACCGAUCUAAACGAUAGACCCAAUGAAAAGCUCAUGACCAUUCUUCUGCACUAUUUGACGAGGAUCGCUUCGGAUGAUAAACUGAUCACUCUACAGACCAAUCAAAACCGGAAAAUUUGCGUAACUGUCGUGGUGCUGUCCAGGUUCGGCCUGCGUGAUGGGUCGCUGGCUUCGACUAUCAUUGCGGACUUUAAUAGAAUUCUUAAGUUUCGAAACAUUCACGAAAGCAUCAUUUGUACACUGAUCACUUCGUUUUCGGACUUGUGCAAAAGGCACACAUCCCUGGUAGAUUCUUCCAUCAAAACUGUAAUUUUGCAAUUGAGCUCCAGUUAUAUAACCGUUCGCAGCGUCGCCUUGAACAACUUGAAUGAACUCAUUCUACAGGAUUAUGUCAAAAUGCGUGGUCGCGUUCUGCUCAACAUCCUCAAGUUGAUUAUCGAUGAAGACAGCCAGAUCGCGGCUCAAGCGCUCUAUGUGAUUCAGCUGUACGUUCACACGAAAAAUGAGAAACUGCUGAAAGUGUCGUUGCUUGAAUGUGUCUAUGUGUUCAACAACUUCCUCCAAUACGCUGAGAGCGAUAUGUUUCCAGCAUCCGAAGUCGACAACGAACCAUGCGAUCUGGCGGGCAAUGACCUGGGUAGCAUCGCGAAGCGGAAUCUCAUCUACGAUUUUUUUGUAGAUAACAUCGAUGAUCUUAGUUUGUUGAAGCUUCUGAAAAAUGUUAACAAAAUUUUCUCACAGUUGAGUCAGAAGAAGUAUGUGGAAUGUCCCGCAGGGGCCGGAACGCUGAUUGAUCUUUUGUACAUUUUUACCAAGAUGGUGUCGGUAAAGGAUCGCGAUAAGGCGAGACUGAACAAAGCCACGACGUCCGGUGCGAACGAUGACGACGACAUGGGAACUGCACCGCUGGAAGAAGGGCCAUCGCCGGCGAAAAAGUCACGUGUGAAGAUGGCACUACAGCAGAGUGAACAGGAAACGAUCACAAUUGUGGAGAAGAUGAUUGCGGUUUGUCAUGGGUUCGAUGGUCACGUGCGAAAGUAUAUCGCCAAAGUGGAACCGGCUCUGGUCGAGUUGGCUAACCAAAAGUUAUACGAGCUCGCGAUGACCAUCGCCACUCAUUUUCGCAGUUUAGUAGAAUUUGCUAAACCCAUGGAUUUUUGGCGUUCGCUGAUGAAGGCAGUGGACGCCAGUAAGGAAGGCACAUCGUCGCGUAAAACGAAACGUAAAAAAGCACGUGGUAAAGACUUCGAAUGCGAAGAAAGUGCAAGUGACAGUACGGAUAGUGAUGAUAAUAUAGAUAAUAUAGAUUAG